CUUCACCUAAGAGACGGAGGAUGCGUGUGGAGCAGCACAGUCCGUCUCCGACCCCGCCACCGCCAACAUCCCCGCCAUGAAGCUCCUGCUGUGUCUCCUGGCCUGUGUCGCCGCCGCGUGGGCCCAGUCCUGCCCGCCUGAGGACAUCCACUACUUCCCAGACUCUCAGCAGUGCGACAAGUACGUGGAGUGUAAGGACGGCGUCGCCACCGAGCAGCUAUGUCCCGACGGCCUCCUCUUUAACGACAAGAUCCGCAACGGAGCGUACCCCUGUGGAUACCCCACCGAGGUCGACUGUGGCUCCAGGGGCCGAACCCAGCCACCACAGCCGGCGGAGAACUGCCCGCACCAGUGGGGAUACUUCGGCUCCGGGAACCCCGCCGAGUGUGGCUACUUCUACAACUGCGUCAACGGCGUGGGUUACCAGGUGUCCUGCCCGGCCGGCCUCGCCUUCGCCUCCAGCACCUACCGUUGCGAGUGGCCCGAUGAGUCCUCCGACUGCGACGCUGAAGCUUUCCUUGGAUUCUCCUGCCCCAACAACGUGGCCACCAAUCAGCUGUUACUCAGCGGAUACCCACAGUACCGAUCCCCCCGUGACUGCCGCCAGUUCUUCAUCUGUGUGAAGACCUCCCCAAGGCUUCAGUUCUGCCAGCUUGGACUUGUCUUUAACGAGGAAACCUACACCUGUGAUGAGCCACAGAAUGUCCGUGGAUGUGAGAACUACUACACCCCAGAGGAGCUGGCUCUGUACAGAGAACAGAGGGAACGUCAGCGCCUUGCCGAGGAGAAGAGGCAGGCUGAAUUAGAUGCCCUUAGACAGCAGCUGGCUGAGCGCAGGAGACAAAAGCAGCAGUAAACAGCCAGCUUCAGCUGACUAUGCAACAUUUUAUGAUUAAGAUGAUGCAGUGUUUAUGAAAUAUUAAAAUCGAUUUGCAUAUGUAAUUAAAACGACACAGACAUCACUCACAGGCAAUCAUGUUGCAUUAAAAAUCACAAACUGAGUUGAUACCCAGAAUUGUAUAGCAUCAAUUAAGAAUACCCAGAAUUGUAUACAUUGUCCUUAAUUACAUCAAUUAAGGACAACUAAAGCUCUAAAAAAAUGCAGCUGAUUUUACAGCAUUACCAGUGAUCUCUGUGAUGGUGCAGCACCAUAAUUAAAUUAUAAACAAUUCUACAGCAUUUUGAGCAAAAUCAAUCUUGCAGUGACAGAAGUAGCUGCAAACAUUGUAGCAUUGUAGCACUAUCAAAAGCUCUCUGCAUCCUCGUUAAGGUUACUAUGUAACCAAAAAAAAAAAUCUCAAGAUCACCAGCAUCUUAGUGCCUUAAUAAAGAAAAUAUAUCCAUAAAAAUAUUCAGUCUUCAUUACUGGCCAACAUAGAAUGAAGUACAGUACAGGUACUUACAUAUUAAUAAUUUAUAUCUUGAGAAUUUUUAACAAUACACAAAUUCGAAUACCUAUCUUUAAUACUUAUUUGUAAUAGUCAUUAUAAUCAAUGAAUAAUUUUGUUUUCAUCAUGAAAUUUAUGUAUACAUGUUGUCUGUACACACGAAAGAAUGAACACCAAAACUAAUAUUUAAAACACCGGAAAAAACUCAAGCCAUUAAAACACCAAACACACCGAGGCAACCAGUGCCAUACUUUUCUGUGCGCCAUUUGUACCCCUAUAGCACUCCUCUUAUAUAUAUUCCCUAUACCAUAUAUCUACAUAUAUCCCACCUCACCCUACACUAUACUUUCCUGCCAUUGUCUCCCUUUGUCAUUACUUCUUCCACCUCUUUCUUUUUUGUUUUUUCCUUUUUCUUUUGAUAAUUAUUUACUUACUCUUCCUACUGUUUUAUCUUAUUUCUUCCUUUCUUAUCUCCCGUUCCUCCUGCAGAUUCUCCAUCUCUGAGUCAACCGAAUUUUUGUAUUAUGUACCGUGUAUAUACUUGUAUUGCCAAGUAUUAGCCAAUAAAGGCCUUCUGUAUACUUAA